UAGGGUUCGCAAGCUUGAUCUCGUGUGCCUGCGUGAGUGAGCCUGCCCGCCGACCGCAUCGGCGCCGAGAUGGUAGCUGCCGCUGCGGCGGUGCGGCCGGUGUCCCUCCGCCACCUCAACACUCUCCUCCGCGCUCAUGUGCCCUGCGGCCUAACCACCUCCCACGUCGCUGCACCCUUCCCCCACCGCAUAGAUUCCAUGAAGAUUUCUCAACUCCAAUUAACAGCUACACGAUUUUCAAAAGAGAAUAAUUCUGACGAGGAUGACGAGCUCCUUUCUGAGCUCAGAGAUAAGUGGGAUGCAAUGGAGAACAAGUCCGACCAUGAUGCUAUUCAUAUUCUCCCAGGCUUACUGGAGCUAGUGGGGCUCAGCUACUCUGGAUGGUUCGUGUACCGAUACCUGCUUUUUCAGGAAAAUCGGAAAGAAUUGGCUGAAGUUAUCGACGAUAUAAAGAGAAGGAUUGUUGGCGAUGAUGAUUAG